AUGGAUAAUAUGAUGAACAAUUUUUAUGCUCAACAAACUACUCGACAAGAAGCACAAGGCACUCUACAAACAUCACCUUCAACUUUACGAAGCUCUGCAUCAUCUUCUUUCGCCACUCCUAGGACCGCGAGAUACAAUAAUGAUGAUUACAAUCAAGUUCUUGAAUUUAAAAUUCAAUUAAAACAUAUAAGAAAACCGGCAAUCUGGCGUCGUAUUCAAGUACCAUAUGAUUACACCUUUUUUCAAUUUCAUUUAGCAAUUCAAUGUUGCAUGGGAUGGCUUAAUUGUCAUACGCACGUGUUUCGUGCGCAAGAAGGUUUCGAAUAUGGUAACCCUCACAUUGAGAUAAAUUUUCCCGGAAUACCAAAAGUGCGAGAAGAAAAAUCAAACCUAAUCAAAGAUUACUUUCAUAGUAAAGGACAAAUAAUGGAAUAUGAAUAUGAUUCGGGAGAUUCAUGGGAACAUGUUAUUACAUAUGAAGGUGUAUUUGAUCGUAAACAAAGUACUCAAUAUCCAAAAUGUUUGAGAGGUAGAGGUAAAUGCCCUCCUGAAGAUAUUGGUAGUUAUGAAGGUUUUGAAAGGUUUAAAGAAAUCAUAAAAGAUAAAAAUCAUCCCGAAUAUGAAGAAUUUAGUAAUUGGUAUGGUGAAAGCGAUGAUUAUGAUCCUAAUGAAUUUGAUAAAGAUUCUGCUUUUAAUGGUUUAGAACUUAUGCAUGAUUUUAGGGAUGUCAGCGAUUACUGUUAG